CGUGGCAAAUGAAGCCAGGCUGUGCUGCAGGAUCUCCAGGGAAUGAAUGGGUUUUCUUCUGCACCGAUGAAAGAAACAGACGCUGUAGGGAAACGAUGUCCAGCGGACGCCUGCGGAGAUCUGUCAUGCUGUCAGCCUUCAUCCUGCUGCGAGCCGUGACUGGCUUCCCCGGAGACGGAAGAGCUGUAUGGUCGCAAAAUCCUAAUUUCAGUCCGGUAAACGAAAGUCAGCUGUUUCUCUAUGACACUUUCCCAAAAAACUUUUUCUGGGGUGUGGGGACUGGAGCCUUCCAAGUGGAAGGGAGUUGGAAGAAGGAUGGGAAAGGACUCUCUAUAUGGGAUCAUUUCAUCGCUACACACCUGAAUGUCAGCAGCCGCGAUGGCUCCAGUGACAGCUACAUUUUUUUGGAGAAAGACUUAUCGGCGCUGGAUUUUAUAGGAGUCUCUUUUUAUCAGUUUUCAAUUUCCUGGCCAAGACUGUUCCCGGAUGGCACAGUAGCAGUCGCCAAUGCAAAAGGUCUCCAGUACUAUAAUCGGCUCCUGGACGCUCUGCUACUUAGAAACAUUGAACCUGUAGUCACUUUAUACCAUUGGGAUCUGCCCUGGGCGCUACAAGAAAAAUACGGGGGGUGGAAAAACGAGACGUUGAUUGAUAUCUUCAAUGCCUAUGCCACCUACUGUUUCCAGACGUUUGGGGACCGUGUCAAAUACUGGAUCACCAUUCACAAUCCCUAUCUGGUGGCUUGGCAUGGCUACGGGACAGGUCUGCACGCUCCCGGAGAGAAGGGGAAUGUGGCAGCUGUCUACACUGUGGGACACAACCUGCUUAAGGCUCAUUCAAAAGUCUGGCACAACUACAACAGGAAUUUCCGCCCACAUCAGAAAGGCUGGCUGUCGAUCACGCUGGGAUCCCACUGGAUUGAGCCAAACAGAGCGGAAAGCAUCGCGGACAUACUCAAGUGCCAGCAGUCCAUGGUCUCGGUGCUGGGCUGGUUUGCCAACCCGAUCCACGGGGACGGGGACUACCCAGAGGUGAUGAAAAAGAAGCUGCUCUCCGUCCUGCGCGUUUUCUCAGAAGCAGAGAAGAACGAGGUACGAGGCACCGCAGACUUCUUUGCCUUUUCGUUUGGACCCAACAACUUCAAGCCCUUAAACACCAUGGCUAAAAUGGGGCAGAAUGUGUCACUCAAUCUAAGACAGGUGCUGAACUGGAUUAAACUGGAAUAUGGCAACCCUCGAAUCCUGAUCGCUGAGAACGGCUGGUUCACAGACAGUUAUGUGCAAACAGAAGAUACCACAGCCAUCUACAUGAUGAAGAAUUUCCUCAACCAGGUUCUUCAAGCAAUAAGGUUGGAUGGAGUCCGAGUGUUUGGCUACACUGCCUGGUCUCUCCUGGAUGGCUUUGAAUGGCAGGACGCUUACAACACCCGCCGUGGACUGUUUUUUGUGGACUUCAACAGUGAACAGAGAGAAAGAAAACCCAAGUCGUCGGCGCAUUACUAUAAACAGAUCAUAGGAGAAAAUGGCUUUACGCUCAGAGAGUCCACCCCAGAUCUGCAGGGGCAGUUUCCCUGUGACUUCUCCUGGGGCGUCACCGAGUCUGUUCUUAAGCCCGAGUCGGUGGCUUCCUCGCCACAGUUCAGCGACCCUCACCUCUACGUGUGGAACGCCACUGGCAACCGAAUGCUGCACCGGGUGGAAGGGGUGAAGCUGAGAACACGGCCCGCUCAGUGCACAGAUUUCAUCACCAUCAAGAAACAACUGGAGAUGUUGGCAAGAAUGAAAGUCACCCACUUCCGGUUUGCUCUGGACUGGGCCUCGGUCCUUCCCAAGGGCAACCUGUCCGAGGUGAACCGGCAAGCCCUGAGGUACUACAGGUGUGUGGUCACCGAGGGGCUGAAGCUCAACAUCUCGCCCAUGGUCACCUUGUACUACCCGACCCAUGCCCACCUGGGCCUGCCCGCGCCGCUGCUGCACAGCGGGGGGUGGCUGGACCCAUCCACGGCCAAGGCCUUCCGCGACUACGCGGGGCUGUGCUUCCGGGAGCUGGGGGACCUGGUGAAGCUCUGGAUCACCAUCAACGAGCCCAACCGGCUGAGCGACGUCUACAACCGCACCAGCAACGACACCUACCAGGCGGCCCACAACCUGCUGAUCGCACACGCGCUCGUGUGGCACCUGUACGACCGCCACUACCGGCCGUCACAGCGCGGGGCGCUGUCGCUGUCCCUGCACUCGGACUGGGCCGAGCCCGCCAACCCCUACGUGGCCUCGCACUGGCAGGCGGCUGAGCGCUUCCUGCAGUUCGAGAUCGCGUGGUUCGCCGAGCCCCUGUUCAAGACCGGGGACUACCCGGUGGCCAUGAGGGAGUACAUCGCCUCCAAGACCCGGCGCGGGCUCUCCAGCUCCGUGCUGCCCCGCUUCAGCGACGCCGAGCGGCGGCUGGUCAAGGGCGCCGCCGACUUCUACGCCCUCAACCACUUCACCACCAGGUUCGUGAUGCACGAGCAGCAGAGCGGGAGCCGCUACGACUCGGACAGGGACGUGCAGUUCCUGCAGGACAUCACCCGCCUGGCCUCGCCCAGCCGCCUGGCCGUGAUGCCCUGGGGCGAGCGCAAGCUGCUCCGGUGGAUGCGGAACAACUACGGAGACCUGGACGUCUACAUCACGGCCAACGGCAUCGACGACCAGGCCCUGCAGAACGACCAGCUCCGCCAGUACUACCUGGACAAGUACGUCCAGGAGGCUCUGAAAGCAUACCUGAUUGAUAAAGUCAAAAUCAAAGGCUAUUAUGCAUUCAAACUGACUGAAGAAAAAUCUAAACCCAGGUUUGGAUUCUUCACCUCUGAUUUCAAAGCCAAGUCUUCAAUACAGUUUUACAACAAACUAAUUACCAGCAACGGCUUCCCGUCUGAGAACGGCGGUCCUAGAUGCAAUCAGACUCAAAGAAAUCCUGAGUGCACCGUCUGCUUACUCCUCCUGCAGAAGAAGCCACUGAUAUUCUUUAGCUGCUGCUUCUUCUGCACCCUGAUUCUACUCUCAUCAAUUACCAUUUUUCACAGACGGAAGAGAAGAAAAUUUUGGAAAGCAAAGGACUUACAACACAUACCAUUAAAGAAAGGCCACAAGAGAGUCCUUAGCUAA